GCCACGCUCGAGCUCAGACUCCAUACCUGCGAUCAGCUGCUCACGCCCGCCGCCGCUCGAAUAGCUUCCUCCAAACCCCAGACGCUCCUCCAAUAUCCACACUAUUCGGGCCUCGUCCGCUCGGUCUGGUCAUCGUCAAUCCUGCGAGCCCGGAUGAGGCCGUCACGCCAGUCAUGGCUUCAUCGGCGUCGUUAAGAGACCUAUCCAAGGCGAUCAUCGUCUUCCUCGCCGAGCCGACCACCCCACUCCCCGACGACCUCUCCCAAGUCAUCGACGCCUACUUUCGACGACAUCCGAAGUUUGACGAUGCCGCCGCCGACCGUCUCCACGAGGAGCUAUCGUCCAUAUUUGACAAGCACGUCAAAGAUGCGCCCACCGCGUUCGCCCCGUGGCUGGCCAUUCUUCGCCGUUUGCUGCCUGCGCUUCGCACCCCGGACCGCAUCUUUGCCUUGUGGGACGCUUGCGCUGUUCUAUCUGCCAAGGCCUCUCCAGAGAAGGAUGUGGUAAACGAGUCCUUGGCCAGCAUCAUGGACAUUCUGUCUUUGGCGGAAGAAGCCACGGAAGCCCCCGAGCAGAAUAUCUUCUCCAACCCGCUCGUCGACCGCCUCCUCACGGGAUGGAUAGACAAGCUAUACCCCGCCGCCAGUGAAGGCGUCGCCUCUGCGGAUUACAAUGAAAAGAUCACUCGAGAAGCGCUUAUUCAAUUUGGCACAAGGCAUCCCAAGGACAUGUUCACAACCCUUAACCAGUUUUUCGUCAAGAGCCAGCAUCGAAAAGCUGUCCUAAGAUUCAUAUCUCACUACCUCCAAAGCCAGCCUCCCCAUAUCCACCUUAUCCUCCAGACUCCGCUCUUUGGCAACAUCCUAAAAUGUCUUCAACGGGACACCUCUACUACCAUCAUCUCAGUCGCAUUGACAGCCGUGAUCAUGCUCUUACCUCAGAUGCCUAGUUCGCUAGUUCCAUAUCUUCCAACCCUCUUCAACAUCUAUGCCAGGUUGCUCUUCUGGUCUCGUGAGCGGGCUGGCAUCGUGGAACCCCAAAUAGACGACUCUGAUCAGGCCGGACCUUGGGAAGUUUGUACCUACAGGGCUGGGGUGGAUGACCAUCCGGUCUAUCACCUCUUGAAUUACUAUACGAUACUCUACGGGCUGUAUCCCAUCAAUUUUAUGGAUUACAUCCGCAAACCUCAACGCUACCUUCGGCAUGCUAAUGUGGCCAAUGCAAACGACAUGGAGGUACAACCAACCGAGAUUCGACAUCAGUCUGAGAGGUUCAGGCGGCAUCACCUGCUGCAUCCCAACUUUUACACUCUUACCAUUGAUUCAGAAAAGACAGACCUCAGCAGGUGGAUUAAGAGUGAAGCAUCUGAGGUCGUGGCGGAAUGCACUGGGCUUUGCUUAGUGACAGAGUUGAAUCAGCUGGUCAGCCAGACCCUGCCCUCGAUCCCUGCGGCAGAGGGUCCGAUGAGUGAAGACUCUACCAAGGAUGGACAUGACCCAGCACUACUCAGUGGAUCAUCCAUGGUUGAGCCCCUUGAUGGCUACCGGAUCACGCAAUCUUCAAGCAUGGAGUCGAUAGUAAGUGGCCGACGGGCGUCGGGUUUGACACGUCAGGGUUCACAGUCAAGCCACCCGUCGACUCGUGAGUCGAUGGACGCCAGGAACAGAGAUCCAAGCGUCGACAGCCCAAGUCUGCUACCGCAUCUGACGCAAUCGGCAUCCCAUACGCAGCUUCAAGAUAUGAUCCAGUCCAACAAGACCAUCAAAUCAAGUCUACAUCAGUCGCUGGCCAACGACAGUGUACCUUCUCUGUCUCUCAGCCACCAAGAGUCGGUACCGGAGCGGCCUGCAGCACCUUCGAUGACCGCACAACCAACAAUCGGCUCACCACUGUCUUUGACUGAGACGAGCACCCAAAUUGCCAACCUGCAACGGCGAGUCCUGAUUCUUCAAAAUGACCUGAAUUUCGAGAGAUAUUUGAAGCAGCAACAUAUGGCACACAUUGGCGACUUACGAAGAAGGCAGUUGGAGGAAGAGGCGACAGAGGCGGAGACUCAGAAUCUCGUCAUCAUGAACCGCAAUCUCAGGACUCGAUUCGAUGAGGCGAAGAAGGCGGAGAUGCAGGUUCGUAGGGAAUCGGAGAAAAGCCGAGCAAUGGCAAAAAAGUGGGAGGCUGAUCUAGCCAACAAGCUCAAGAACUUGCGUGACGAGUCGAAGAGACUCAAGACGGAAUUCGAGGCUGUUCAGAAGGAGCUGGAAAACUCAAAGGCGGAGUGCGAGAAACUUCGCGUCUUAGUUUGCGAGGCCGAGGUGAAAGAGCUGAACUCGCAACAAAGCAUCCAAUCCAUCGAGAUUCGUGCGGCUGAGAUUGAUCGACUCAAGAGUGAGGUAGAUAGACGGACGGUGGCAGAGCGGGAUCAGGAGGCGAAGGAAGUCGAGCGGAAGAGAUAUAUCGACUUUGCAGUUGAGGCCAAAGAGAAAGCCGACUUGCUAUCCGCCCAGCUUGUGUCGCGAGAGAGCGAGGUGGAACGGGUCAGAAAGCUCUUCCAAUCUCAGAUUGAGACGCUCCAAGCGCGACUCUUGGAGGCCCAAGAAGGCCGAGCUCAGUCGUCCCCUCACGCCCGAGCAGCUGUCGAGGGAGCCCUAGCAGCGAGCCGAGAGAAACAGGCAGAGCUGCAGAAACAAUGCAAUCUCCUCAUGCGCAAGUACACGGCGCUACAGUCGUCCUUGUUGGAUAUGAAGACGGGAGCAACGCCAGGACAAUUACGGAUCGACACAUCCCACACGACUGAGGUGGACAGCGAGAGCCUGUCCAUGUCAGCGAGCCCUGUGAUGAUGAAAACGCGUCCUCACCGUGUGCUAUCAAACCCCGAGCUGGUGGAGGGUGCGGCGUAUAAUGUGACACCACCUCUAGAGCAAAAGCUGAAGCUGGGAACCCCCAUGUCAGGCGGAUGGGCGCAUCGGCCUGGCUCACCAUCUGGGACAGACUGGUCCGGGGACGGGUCGCUAUCGAUGAGCCCAGAUCAACGGGCGUUCAUUCGGAGCGAUUCGUCGGGAAGGUUGAUGGCACGGAGUCACUCGGAUCUGUUUUCGAGCAGUAUGGGUCGUCGCGAUUCGAAGGACAAGGGAAAGGAUGACGGUUCUGGCAAGAAGGACAAGAAGGCAGGCCUAAGAGGGAUACGAGGUUUUAUGUAUGAGUGAGCAAGCAUGGUCUUUGAGCGAUUUCAUUAUGAUAGAUAGACUUGGAUGGAUGGGGUAAUCCCGUAAGCGCAAUUUGGAUAGCAAUAUGUCUGGUGUGUUUUCAAAAGUGUUUGCCAUGAUGCUUCACUAGUGUACAUGAGCAAAUGUUGGGUCUGUAAGACUUAAAUAUGGUGGGAAAAUUGGAAUAUAUGGACGGG